GGGCUCACUGGUGUCUCAGUUUCCCUGCACGGGCUCUGCCCUGAUGCCACGGGGAGCUGGCAGCCCGUUUACCCUUGAAGGGGGGGCAUGGGGCACUGCCACAGGCUGCUAUCCCUUUGCCACCCUGGCACCAUGCUGCCGGCAGCCCUGACUGCACCGCUGGGCCCCCCUCCCCACGGCUAUUUUUAUCCACCCCCCAACCGUGUUUCUCACUGUCCUAUUUUAAGCGGCGCAGUUGGCGCACUGGGAACCCAGUGCCCGGCUCCCAGGGGCCCCACACCACCUCGCUGCCCACUCACGCUGCCCGGGCACAGGGAGCCAUGCCCAGGGAGGCUGGAGAAGCAGACGGCAUGGGAAGGGCCGAGGGUGCCGCGCCGGCAGAGCCUGGGGACCCCGACGGCAGCGAGACGGGAGCCAUCAGCCUGCGCCCCGUGGAGUCCAUCAGCGACCUGCACUGGGCCUCGGGCGGGCAGAAGGGCGCCGAGGGCAAUGGCCCGGCUCCCUCCAGCAGCCUGCGCAGGCCUCCGCCUCGCCCCGUGCCCCCCGGCCCCCCGCCGCUCCUGCCCACCCUGCGACCCGUGCCCGCCGCCAGCCCCUGCCCCUGCCUCAGCCCCAGCCACCCCUUGCUCCUGGCCCUGCUGGGGCUCCUGGCACUGGCGAGCCUGGUCCUGGCCACGCUGGCCAUCUACCUGAGUGGUACGUGGCGCUGGGCAGGGUGGGGGGCCGGGGGGGGGGGCUGCGGGAAGGCCAGGCCGCCCGUCCCCAGCGUGUCCCCGUCCUCUCCCCGCAGUCCUGCAGAGCCAGUCGGUGCGGGCGCUGGCCCAGUGGCUGGAGAGCCAGGAGGACGCCAUGCGCCAGCUGCGGGCAGCCAGCCGGCAGCUCUGGGCUCGCCUCAACGCCAGCGCCGAGCCUGGCGGGCACCGCUGAGCCGCUCCCAGCCCCACCUCGGGUACCGGGCCACCACGGGAAGGGGCACCGAAGGGCGGGAGGGGGGAGCGGGCAGCCCUACCAGCCCCCCAUCCUGCUCGGACCUGGCAGCAUCGCCCCACGGGGCGCAGGGGGUGGCGGGGGCAAUCCUGGCCCCUGCCCCAGGCUGCGAGAGAAAGGGACAGGACUGCAAGGACCGGCACCCACCCCAGUGACAGCCCCUUCCUCUUAACAACAAGACAGAAGGCACCCUCCAAUUAGCCUUUUAAUUACCUCCUGUAAUCAAAGUCUUAGAAAAUCACCACCAUAGAUACAUUCCCGGGGUGGCAGGCACUCCCAGCUGGCGCAGCCCCAUGCCCACCCAGGCAGUGGCCCCCAGGGCUGCACAGGCAGCCCCGGGAUUCGCCUGCUGUGCCACCCCCCUGUAAUUAAUUUCCCACAAGAGGACUAUUUCAUAUAAAGCAUUUGGCUGGAAAAGGGCUCACAGCGGGCAGCUGGCAGGGCUGGGCAGAGCCUGCCACCCCACGCCGCUCUGCCACCACCCCUGGGUGCCAGGCUGGCUGCGGAGACGGGGGCUGUGCCCAGCGUGGCAGGGGGGACCUGGGGGAGCGCUCCUGCCGCAGGCACAGACACCAGGCCCAGCUGCCCCGCAGCCCUGCACGGCUCUGCCCUCCCACCCAGCCCUUUGGGCUGUGCCAGGCCACCCUGAUGCCCCUGCGGGACCGGGGAGGGAGGACAUGAGCCCUGCCUCUGAAAGGGGCUGCAGGAGCCCCAUAUGAUCCCCUCCCGCCGUGCCACGCAGAGCCACAGCCACAGAGCAGGCACACAGCAGCACACCGCCACCUCCCCCCCUGCUCUCCUUUUAUUCUUUUUUUUUGGUUAAAAAAAUAAAAGAGGGGGCAGCCCCUGGUGGGGCAGCUCCAGGCAUUAAA